AUGGGAAGACCUUCUUCCUUUGUUUUCCUCUUCUUACUCCAUUCUUUCAUGGCCUCCUUAGCUUGGAGUGAUACAAAUAUCACUACCGACAAAUCUGCACUUCUUGCCUUUAAAUCUUUUAUCACUUCAGAUCCACACAAUUUCUUAGCUAAUUGGUUUGUGUCUUCUUCUUCAUGCAGCUGGAUUGGUGUCACAUGCAAUACUCGUCACGGAAGAGUCCACUCCUUGAAUCUUGGUGGCAUGGAUCUUAAGGGUACCAUAUCUUCACAACUAGGAAAUCUCUCAUUCCUUGUUGAACUUGACCUUAGUGAGAACAAUUUUCAUGAUCAAAUACCAAAAGAGCUAGUUAAAUUGCGUAGAUUGGAACUACUCAAUUUGAGCUGCAAUGACUUUCAUGGGCCAAUUCCAACAUGGAUUGGAGAUUUAUCUUCACUUAAGCAACUAAAUCUUAGAAAUAACAGUCUUAGUGGAUUUAUUCCACUAUCUCUAUCCAAUUUGUCAAGGCUGGAGACUUUGGAUUUGGCUAGUAAUUCCAUUGAAGGGACCAUUCUACUUGAGGUGGGAAGACUUCUGCGAUUGAACAUUUUACGUCUUGCAAUUAACAAACUUUCAGGAAACAUUCCCCAAACAAUUUCCAACUUAUCUUCGCUUGAGUUAUUGAGUUUGGCUUAUAACAAGCUGUCAGGGAGCAUCCCAAGUGAGAUUGGGAAUCUUUCAAAAUUGAAGAAAUUGUAUCUUUCAGAUAAUCAACUUGUUGGUUCAAUACCAUCUUCAUUAUUCAACAAUUCAGUGCUGCAACACUUUUCACUUGGAACAAAUAACUUAUCGAGGAGUCUCCCAACAAAUGUGUGCGCUGGGCUUCCAAAACUAGAAAUGUUUUUGGUGAAUGAAAAUGAUAUGUCUGGUGAAAUACCCUCCACUUGGCAUCAGUGCACAGAAUUAUUAAAAUUACAAUUGGGUGAUAACAAAUUCAACAAAAGAAGCAUACCAACUGAUAUUGGAAAUCUGACCAAACUUCAGUUGCUAGAUCUUGGCAACAGCAACUUGCAAGGCGAAAUUCCUUCAUUUCUUUGGAACAUGCGUUCUUUGAGACGUGUUGACCUUAGCAAGAAUUAUUUAAAGAGUAAUUUGUCUGAAGAAAUGUGUCAUCAACUCCCUUUACUCGAAGUCUUUGAUGUUGGUCAUAAUCAAUUAGAGGGAAGCAUUCCACAAUCAAUAAGUAACUGCACAUCUUUGAAAGAAUUAUAUUUGGGUCCUAACUCAUUUACAGGAAUCAUUCCAAGUGAGAUUGGAAAUUUGACAAACCUCCAAGUCCUUAGUCUUCGUGAGAACAUUUUGCAAGGAAUCAUUCCAAGUGAGAUUGGAAAUCUGACAAGCCUCGAAAUUCUUUAG